GGAAAGGGUGCAGCGGCCAGCGGGCGCGAUCUCCGGAGCGCGGAGGGCCAUGAGGAUCCGGAAGCGCACCCCGGCCAGGGCCGCGGACCCGGGGCCCGCGCCGGCGCUCGCCGCCUCGCCGCCGCGUCCCCCGCCGCCGCUGCUGCAUCAGCUGCCCGAGGAGGAGGGAUCCCGCGAGCAGCAGGAGGAGGAAGAGGCGGAGGAGGAGAAGCGGGUGAUCCUGGUCGCCGGGGUCCGCGUCCAAGAAGGAGACGGCGACCGGGUCCCCGCCGCCGCGUCCAACGACAGGUGCGUGUGGACUGAGAAGCCCCCAUCUCCUCUGUUCAGCAGCGCAAUGGACGACGACGUGCCGAAGCCGGAGCCGCAGGACGCCGGCGCCCGGUGCAGCCGGAACGACGGGAAGCGGUGGCGCUGCAAGGGCGCCGCGGUGCCGGGGUACCUGCUCUGCGACCGCCACAUCGCGUGGUCCACACGCAAGCGCAAGCGCAGGCCCAACAAGCACAAGCAGCAGCAGCACGGGCGCGGCGGCGGCGGCGUCCUCCUGCCCUCCGCCGCGAAGGACGAGGCUGCGGCGUCAGCGGAGGAGGACGCGCCUCGGCUGGCGGGGCGCGGCGGCGGCGGCGGCGACGACGACGGGGGGUUCUUCGGCGGGUUCCGGAAGCGGGCGAGGGGCGGCGGGCCUGAGCCGGCGGCGUGAUGAAGGCCUUCCGGCUGCAGCUGAUUGACACGACCGCGUCGGUGCAUCCGCCAUUCUCGCCGCGCGUCCGAAUCCUUCUCGAUUUUGAUGCUGAUAUUGGAGAAUUACUGGUAGUAGUAGUGGUGCUAGUGUUCAUCAGACGGCAGGCGAUUGCAACUUUGGAAGGCGAAUGCCGUGAUGCCUUUCCAGAGGGGUGGAAUCCAGUAUCCAGGAUCAGAUGCGAAAGGCAGGCAAUGAGAAUGCGGGAACUGGAUCAUUGGCCGCGCCUCCUCCUCCUCGAGCCUUUUCUAAUGUACUUGCUCUGGGCCUAUAAUAUCUUUGCCGAGUGCGGUGGAGGGAUCAAUAAUACGCGUAGUACACACCUA